AUGGCGACUGUGUACGUCUGGUUGCUGGUUUUAGGGUCUGUGGUCUUGUGCAACCUCGUCAAAAUGUUGUUACCUUCAAUUUCCUCCUAUGUGAGUAUGCCAUUCAUGCGGUAACAUUGUUUAGAAAUUGUAGCCCAGUUGUACCGGUAAAUGUGUGUUCAAACUUUUAAGUUGCGUCGGCAUGUUUAUCUGAGACAUGAUGUUCGUUCUCCUACUGGGAGAGAUUGACAAAGACCCGCUGGCAUUUAAUGGCUGGUGGUGACUGUGCUCAUCUCCCUCUCACCACAACUAUGUCAUCUGCGCUAUAAGUUUAUUUGACUCAAUCCUCCCUUGCUCUUUUUAGCACCAUAAGCGUUUGCAGUCUAAAAUAUGACAUUUCCGUGAUAUAACGAUAAAUGCCAGAUGUGGGUAUGUAGUAAAUUUGAGUUUGAAAUCUGGAAAAUAACAUCACAUGUAUAAUGGACAAGCAGAGUCUGCUGUGCAUAUCUCAUGGGUUUAGUGCUAUGACAAAGUGAUAUGGAUUCAAGUGAGUUUUCUCCAUAAGCACCAUUUAAACUAAUGUAAAAUCUUGUCAGAUCCACAAACACCAAAUCCUGUGUUGCCCACAUAGUAGGCCACAGUCGCAAAUAGUGUUGUCACCAUACCAGCAUUUUGACUUAGUUACCGAUACCAGGUUUAAAAUAUAUAAUUGACACUCGAUACCUUGACAAAAAAAGGCAUAUUAGCUAAAGUAAUCGAAUGGCACUUGAUCCAGACAGAUAAACUCUGCUACUGCUCUGUCAAUUAUUGUAUGCAUUCAUUAAUAAAUUAUACAAUACAUUUUACUUUGUUUUGACCAAUAUAAAUACAUAACAUAAUGGUAUUUGAAUGGUACAUCUCUAUUGAGAUGGGUAAAUCAAGAUGUAGCUUAGGGCCUAUCCACAAUACAAGUGAAUGCAUAUUCAGUAGGAGUGUGUGCAUGCAUUAAGUUGUUGAGCUUGUUUUGGCUGAUUUCAUGGGGCUACAGGUGACAUUUGUUUCCCUUACAUUUGGGACUUAUUUGUUGUACUGAUCAACAACAUUUACUUAGAAGUAGCUACUUUGAUAAAAAUGUGCUCUGUCGCUUUAAUCAGUAAUGACGUCAUUCAAAAGGCAAGAGGGGAGCGGCCCAUCGGAGCAACAGAGGCUAUAGAUAAUCUUUGAGAGAGAGAGAGAGAGAGAAUAAAUAAAUACAGUUUUUGCGUCAAUCAGCUUUGAAAUCAGCAUUUUUUGUGUUAUGGUUUGCAUAAUAUCACAAACAAAGUACUAGGGUAGUGAAUUGAUGUUUGACUCCUGUAGCUCAGUUGGUAGAGCAUGGCACUUGCAACGCCAGGGUUGUGGGUUCGAUUCCCACGGGGGGGCAGUAUGAAAAAUGUAUGCACUCACUAACUGUAAGUCGCUCUGGAUAAGAGCGUCUGCUAAAUAUGUAAAAUGUAAAUGUUAGCUUUAGCUGUCAGCUAGCAAGGAAAGGUAGCCUACAAAGCUGGAAGCUACCAGUAUCUUGUUGCAUUGUAAAGUGUUCUAGCCUGUAUGGACAUUGUUUUGCGAACAGUAAUUAACAGUUAAAAAAUUUCUACAUGCUGUGUCGCAUUAUUCAAGUGUGUUAACUUCUGUGCAGCAUGAGUGGGGAGCUAACAUGAUGCAAUCCAAACAUACCAAGACAGUCGUGAAGAGGGCACGACAAAGCCUAUUCCCCCUCAGGAGACUGAAAAGAUUUGGCAUGGGUCCUCAGAUCCUCAGAAAGUUCUACAGCUGCACCAUCGAGAGCAUCCUGACUGGUUGCAUCACCGCCUGGUAUGGCAACUGCUCUGCCUCCGACCGCAAGGCACUACAAAGGGUAGUGCGUACGGCCCAGUACAUCACUGAGGCCAAGCUUCCUGCCAUCCAGGACCUCUAUACCAGGCGGUGUCAGAGGAAGGCCCUAAACAUUAUCAAAGACUCCAGCCACCUUAGUCAUAGACUGUUCUCUCUGCUACUGAUUGGCAAGCGGUACCGGAGCGCCAAGUCUAGGUCCAAAAGGCUUCUUAACAGCUUCUACCCCCAAGCCAUAAGACUCCUGAACAGCUUAUCAUGGCUAAUUUGCCAUGGAUCAGUGCUAAUUCCUGCACUUAUUUUGUGCUAGCACCCUGCAGCUUGAUAACAUAAUUCCCUGUGAUGAUACCUUACUGCAUAGUUCACUGUUAAGCAGGCUACCCCAGCCAGUCACUGCCCAGUAGUAAAGUGAAUCAGAAUGCACCUCGUGUAUAACAUGCUUAGAAACCUUUAGAUUGAUAUUUUUGGCUGUAUUCUUCUUCUAUUGAAGCUGUCCAAAGUUUUCCAGAAGAAUGUGGAAGAUGAGGUGGAGAUGAGGGCAGAGAUUCAGGCCAUGAAGAAGGAGCUUUCUUCCAUCAACAUGAUGGACGAGUUCGCCAGGUACGCACGGCUCGAGCGCAAGAUCAACAAGAUGACGGACAAGUUGAAGACUUAU